AGGCGGGCGGGCCGUCUGCGGCCGCCAUCUUUGUUGAUGUGUCAGCGCCCAGCUGCGGCCGGGAGCUGCCGCAGGAGGAGGAACAACGCGGGGGACCCCGCCGCGGCCAUGGAGGCGCUGCCGCCGCUCUGGCUCCCACCCUCCUAACAAGCGGGAUCGUCACCGAUGAUCCUGGUGUGCAGCUGCCUGCUGGGUUGUCUGACAGUUUAGUGCUUUUAUUUCCUUCUCCAAAGUACCAAAAGUGAUUAGAUUCCUAAAACGGAAGGAUGGAAGAGUGUUUACCGGAAAUACAGAGCAUACUGAAGCCAGUCAAUCUAUCAAAGGAAGACAAUACACCUUCCGGCUCAUCAAGUAAUGAGAGCACAAGCAAGAUUUCUGAAGUGAAGGACUGCUCAGAUGUUGGUUAUACUGGUGAUGAGGAUUCCAGCUUGGAAAGGGAACCUAAAUUGUUGGCAUCAAACUACAAUGUAACAACUAUUGAUGUAAGAGGGGAUGGAGCCAUAAGUGAAGCAAAGGAGCUGCAGCUUUCACCUGAUCGUAGUGGAGGUGGGGAUUCCUGUGCUAAUACAUGUUCUGAAAGGCAAGUAGAAGACUCUGUGAAUGCAGAACACUUGCCUGGUGAAGAUUUUGAACAACAGGUUUCAAAAAGUAAUGGCACAGAACAAUCCCUAAUGGAAAUCCUGCAGGAGCUAAGGGAGGGGUGUGACUUUACGAAAAAAUCUAGCAAUAGAAUCUAUUCUGAAAGCCCUUAUGACACAGACUGCACCAAGAAACUUAUUUCCACAAUACAACAAUCAUCAUCACAGGAGGCUUUGCUAGAAGAAAUAGAAUCUGAACUGUUAGCUACAGAUUUUACGAAAGAGCGUAAGCUCCCAAAUGGAAUGAGGAAGGGUGAACAUGCCUUAGCGACUUUUGAAAAAUGUGUGCAAGAUAAAUACGUCCAACAGGAGCAAACGAUAAAGAAAUUGAUUAAAGAAAACAAAAAGCAUCAGGAACUGAUUUUGGAUAUUUGUUCAGAAAAGGACAAGUUAAAAGAUGAAUUGAAAAAACGAACAGAAACAGAAAAGCAGCACCUCAACAUUAUUAAACAGUUAGAAUCAAGAAUAGAAGAGCUUAAAAAAGAAGUUAAAACUGCUAAAGACAAACUUGUAACACAAGAUGCUGCAGUCAAAAAUACUAUUCAGCAAUUGCAUAAAGAGAUGGCAUUUCGUAUGGACCAGGCAAACAAGAAAUGUGAAGAGGCACGCCAAGAAAAGGAAACUAUGGUGAUGAAGUAUGUUCGAGGAGAAAAAGAGUCUCUAGAUCUCCGAAAGGAAAAGGAGUUACUGGAGAGAAGACUAAGAGAUGCAAAUAAAGAAAUUGAAAAGCACGUGAAUAAAAUCAAACAACUUUCUCAGGAAAAAGGAAGAUUGCACCAGCUCUAUGAAACCAAGGAAGGUGAAGCCACUAGAUUCAACAGAGAAAUAGAAAAAUUGAAAGAAGAAAUCAAUUCUCAUAUCAUCAAAGUAAAAUGGGCCCAAAACAAAUUGAAAACUGAAAUGGAUUCACACAAGGAAACCAAAGAUAAACUCAAAGAUGCAACCACAAAGUUAACUCAAGCAAAAGAGGAGGGAGACCAAAUACGGAAAAACUGCCAAGAAAUGAUAAAAACAUACCAAGUAGGCAUACUUUCUCAUGAGGAGUCAGAAGAAAUUAAAUCAAAUGAAUUGGAUGCAAAGCUCCGAGUAACAAAGGGCGAACUAGAAAAACAAAUGCAGGAAAAGACUGAGCAGCUGGAGGUACACUAUGCCAAAAUAAAAGAACUGGAGGACCUGAAGAGAACAUUUAAAGAGGGUAUGGACGAGCUGCGUACACUAAGAACAAAGGUAAAGUGUCUGGAGGAUGAACGGUUGAGAACAGAAGAUGAAUUAUCAAAGUACAAAGAAAUUAUUAAUCGGCAGAAGGCUGAGAUUCAGAAUUUACUGGAUAGAGUGAAAAUUGUAGAUAAGCUGCAGGAGCAACAUCAAAGAGAUGAACAAGAAAUCGACACCUUGAAGGAAGAACUGGACAGUCUGAACUCUCUGAUUACUGAUCUCCAAAAGGACAUUGAAGGCAGUCGGAAAAGAGAAUCUGAGCUGCUUGUAUUCACUGAAAAGCUAACGAGUAAGAAUGCACAGCUGCAGUCUGAAACCAACUUCUUACAGACCCAGCUCGAUAAGCUUACCUACAGUGAAAGAGAGUUACAGAGUCAGCUGGAACAUGUGAGACAGACUAAAGAUGAUCUGGCAAACAAACUGCAAAAGGAGGAAGAGCUACAUAAACAUGAAGUCCAGACACUGCAGACAGACUUGGCUUCUCAACAGAAAGAACUAACAGCACUGAACACCCAAGUAGAUGAAUUAAAAGACGAGUUGGUUACUCAAAAGCGUAAACAUGUGGCAAAUCUUAAAGACCUCACCAAGCAACUUCAGCAAGCACGAAGGAAAUUGGAUCAGAUUGAAAAUGGCGGCUGUGAUAAGGAAGUUAGCAGUAUGGGGAGUCGUUCCAGCUCAUCAGGGUCCCUUAACGCACGAAGCAGCAACGAAGAUCGCUCGCCUGAGAAUACUGGAUCUUCAGGAGCUGCUGAUAGCUUCCCAGAAGUGGACAAGGCUGUCCUGAUUGAGAGAAUAGUAAGACUACAGAAGGCUCAUGCUCGGAAAAAUGAAAAGAUGGAGUUCAUGGAGGAUCACAUUAAGCAACUGGUGGAGGAAAUCCGGAAAAAAACCAAAAUUAUUCAGAGUUACAUUUUGCGGGAAGAAGCUGGCACACUGUCCUCAGAAGCCUCGGACUUUAACAAAGUCCAUUUGAGCAGGCGCGGUGGCAUCAUGGCAUCCCUGUAUACAUCGCAUCCCGCAGACAGUGGGCUCACAUUAGAACUCUCUCUGGAGAUAAACAGGAAGCUACAGGCUGUGCUAGAGGAUACUUUAUUAAAGAAUAUUACACUUAAAGAAAAUCUGCAGACACUAGGAACAGAAAUAGAACGGCUUAUUAAGCACCAGCAUGAACUGGAACGGAGGAUGAAGCAAGUGUAACAAACUAUGGAACAGUCAGAACAAAGAAACAGGUGCUGCAGACUGUCAUUUUGAAGUUUCUCCUGUAAACCGAGUGUCAACCAAUGGCAGGGCCUAAUCCUGCAGACCUUUAACCACACAAAUUGUCCUUCUAGACGGGAGAGGCUCUCUAAGAUCAGGUGUGAAGGGUGUUUUGCCUCAGCCAUUGAUGAACUUCUCUGUAGGCUACGUUCUUAGAACUCUUCUUUGAAAUUAAGGCAUCCAGAUGCUUUGCGGUGUGCACUACAUGUAGAGUACAUUUCAGUGAGAUUUUAAUUUCUGCACUGUGCAAUUAAGCAGCCUGCUAAUGAUAAAGCUUGCAGGGGAGAAAAAUUGAUUUGCUGUGGAACAUAUCCAGUGCUACUGAGCUUCCAGGGCUUUCAGAAUCUUCUUCCCUACUCUAAGUGUUUGAUAUAUUUAAGUUGAUCAAGCAAUUAACAUAUGCAUGGGAAAGGGGCUUUAUAAUUAACUUUUGUAAAAAUAAUUAAGGACAUGAUGCAUAUUUUACAUCAUGGCUUACCUAGAAACUGAAUAUGAAUUGACUUUUGUGGGGGGUAGGUAAACUAGCAAGAAAUUAGAAUGAGAAACUUCUGCUGCUGAUACUAGGCAUUUUCAGCUAUAUCAGACUGUAUCAGCUCACCAAGUCUUUCAUAAAAUCCACAUCUCUGGACAUAUGAAUCUGAAUAACUUUGAACUCAGGUAGAUUUUGUAAAAUAAGUUUGAUUUUCAAUAUAAAUUAACACAACUUUUAACGUGUGUGAGUUAAGUUGUCCAUUAUUUAUAUACAUACUCCCUUAUUCCAAGACAUUCCAAUCUGUUAAAAAAACAAAACCCUCCCCCCAUUAUGUUUAGUCAUCUUAAUUGUAAGUAUAGCCCAGCUAGUAAAACUGACCGUAAGGUAUAUUUAAACGGUGAAUUGAAAUUUAUUGGUGGAACUGUAGAAGCUGAACAAACAUCACACUCCACUUUACUAAUGUGAAUUAGUCUGUCAAAAUGACUUAACUGUGACCAUCAUUUGAAAUGUCAGGUGAUAUCUCCACCCUUCAUUCAAAGUGAUGGGGAAGUAACAAGAAUGGUGUCACCUCGAGGCUGAGUCACAGUAUUUUCUACAGUGUAAUAUUAGAAAAAGGUAACAGAUGGACUGGAAUGGUUCCACUCCUACAGUAAAUGCGUAUUUUGUUGAAUUAGUGCCCAUGUAACUAAAAUGCCUGAGUCAGACCAGUUCAUCUUGUAAAUAUAUUUAGGGUUUAUACUGUAUUUAUUAAAUAUUUGCACUUCCUAUUCUCAUGAAAAGUAUUUAGUGCACAUGUACACUCCACAAUUUAAUAUUACCCGUUUUAAUUUGAAAGGCCACUUAAAAACUUUAUUGCAGUGUUGUCUAUUAAUCUUUUAAAUGUUUCUAUACCUCCUCACCUCCUACCCCCUUACUUCAUGUGCAAACCAAGCUGUAAUCUGUAAACACAGGGUAAAAGUUACCAAGGGAUCUAAGUUAUGUAGGUGCCUAUGUAUUGUCAAAAGCCCUUAAAUCACUUUAAUCCUUCUGAAAGUUUUAUCCAUGAGUGCUUAACUUGGUCUAUGAGAAUUCUGAUUCAGUGAGAUUUAUUCCUACAUGUAAAGUUAAGCAAGGUAUGUAAGUGUUUGUAGGAUCAAGGCCUGGUCUGCUUAGAGUUCCUUAUGAGUCCUGAAUAACUGUCAUCUUUACUUUUUUUUUUGAGCAUUUAUUUGGAAGAAGGUAAAAACUAUUGAUUCAAAACUUGGAGUUGGGGAAAAUGUGCCCCAACUGUGGCUCUCAACCUUAGUUUUGUUUUUUUUUAAAUACUUUUUUUUCAAGAUCUAAGAACAAAUGAGGCCAGUGAUGGAAAGCUUAGCCAGCCUGGAUCAGGCUUACCUCUCCUUCAUUAAGUGAGUAGGAAACUUUGUUAACCUCUGAAGGAGAAAAUCCUAGUUCCAUUGAUUUCAAUGGGCAUUGUGCCAGCGAGUGAAAUUCUGGCCCCUCUUGAAGUCAGUGGACUAGUAAGUGUGUCUGACUGAAUUAGACCCCACGGCAGAACAAAGUUUUCAGGAACAACGGUCACAUCUCCAAACAACAAAGUUCUCAUACCUACAUGUACCAGAUCUGUUUUCAUGCUUUGAAAAAAAUAAACUGAAUGUUUCCACUGUUUAAUCUGAAACCAAUCUUGCUAUUUUCUGGAGUAUUUAAUAUUAAUGUAACCUUUUAGUGUGGUGUUCUGCAGCUGUUUAAUGUGAACGUAGUAAAGAAAUGUGAUGCAGAUGGGAUAAGUGCAAUGAUAUUGUGGAAAUUCUUACUGCUUUAUGGCAUUGUGUCAUUCCAGCUCUUAAAUGAUUUUAGAGCACGCUGUUAUCCUCUUGUCUUGCUGAAAGGUGCUGCUUCCUCUGUGUUAAACACUCACAUUCACAGGGUUUUUUCCCUUGGUUGUAUAAAUUGUAUAUGUAGUGGCCAUGACAUCCUAGUGUUCAUUAUAUUCUAGUCAGAUGUUUUGUAUAGGCUUUUUCUUUAAAGUCCCUGCCACAGCCAGAAAUGGCACUCCAGUAUUUACGUUGGUGCCUAUACACGUCUUUGCCAUCAUACUUUUGACAUGAUGCAGAUUGUUGUAGGAAUAAUUUGUUAGUAGUUUUGCUUGACUGUACAGAUGUCAGUUUUCUCAUAUAGAAGAUGAUGCUGCAAAUUAAGAGAAGCUUGUAUUUUCCUCAUGAAUAUUCUUGUCUGACUCCUAUGCUAGUGUUUUCAUGGUAUACUGCAAGGAUUGGAAUGAUUUCUUUGGUGGAGGUAAAACAUUUUUGUUAACAGCCUCUUCUCGAGGGGAAUAGCUUUAAAUCAAAGUGAAAUCCAGCCCUCUAUGGAAUCAGCACAAGGCCUGUGCAACAAUUGUAUCCAGUUGAUCCUUGUUUGGGGAACUGGAGUGUUGCAUCAGCUUUGUGCUGGCUGCUGCAGUGAUAAGUAUCGGCCAGGCUCUCAAAGAUGGAAGGAGGGAUUUUUUUUUAAAAUAAAUUCAGUAUGUUGAAUUCUAGGAAGUAUAGUAGGCUAGUGUUUUCAGAAGGAGAGACAGGCUAUUAGGUGCCCACUGUCCAGUGAAAUUUAGUGGUACUAGGUAGUUAGCUGCCUCAAGUUUCUUCUGAAAAUACUUAUCUAAACCUUUUGCCAGUUGCACGUAUGGGCUGAAGGAGAAUUUGCAAUUUUUUUUUUUGGUAACACAUCCCACCAUCCAGGUGGAUUGUGGUUUCAGGUCCUAAAGAAAAUUGCUUCUGGCGGCCUAGCUGUGGUGGUCUUUCCACACCAUGGAAAAUCCUAUUCCAGAUUAGGAAGUCAGGCCCAUGUAUCUGAAUGGCACCCUGUAUGCCAGACAUCAGUUGUCCUUUCCCUUUUAAAUCCACUUAAGUGUAUGCAAGGUUUUUUUUGUGAACAGACUUUUCUAGAAAACAAUGGGAUAUGGUUUAUUUUCCCAAAAUAUUUUCUGCUCUGCAGUUGCUUACUGAUCUUUGCUCGUUGCUGGCAACAUGCUGAAAAAAGUAACUUUUGAAACUGGUUCGGUACAGCAGUAGAAUUGCUGUGUUAUCUAAAACUUUAUACCCACUACUUACUUUAGGAGCAGCAAGGCAGUUCAGCUGUACAGGUGUCUCCAUAAACUGUCAAUAGCAGCCAAUACUUUUGACUUUUUUUUAAAAACUUGACACAUGACUGUGCUAUUAACUAUUAGUAACAGUAGGUGGCGUAAGAAAUCAACCUUUUCAUGCCCAUCGAAAAGAUAGCUGAAAAUGUUGCCAAAUAAAGAAUUUUCAGUUGAUACAAAAUGAUCUAGUUAUUAGAUUUCCCCCCAAGGGUUUUAUUUACUUACCCAUUCUCUGUUGAUGGUGAUAAUGAUGUUCAAUCUUCCAAUAUGUACAUAUGUGUAUUGACAAAGAUACUUUGACUAUUGAUUUGAUUGUUAAUUUUGUAGAUACAUUUCUGUAUAAAAUGAAGUUUUUCAAGACAUGACUAUACAUUAUGUAUAUAGUGUACUUUGAAAUAAUAAACAUGAAAAUAUCUGAA